AUGGCGUCGAGCCCGUCAUUCCUCGACAGACUCAAGAUUCGGCGGUCGAAGAACCAGCCACAUUUGCCCAGCCAUGCGAGCAACCCCGCCAACGCUGCUAACACGGUCGCUGUUGCCGCAGACUCGAGUUUGGAUCACGACAACGGGACUACUGGAGAAAGAAUAUGGAGUCAGGCCUAUGACUGGCUGAAAGAGCAGGAUAGCGAACUGGUUGCUGCGUACGAGAAAGUGCUUUCCCGCGAGCUGGCCGUCGCUGGUACCCAAAGUGACGCGAUUGAGACCAAGGAUCCCCGCAAAAGGCAGGCACAGAUGGAAGCACUCGUUCAGAUUGGGAUGAACAAGCUCCAAGGGCGGAAUGUCCGGGUUGAGCGCGCCGUGCAGAGCGUGUUGGGGGUGAGCAGUGUUAUUGGGACCGCGCUGCAGCCGGUUCCGCAGGCGGCGCUUGCCUGGGUCGGCGUUUCCUUUGCUUUGCAGGUCCUUGUCAAUGCCACCACAGAGAAUAGGGCACUCUACGAGGGUGUCAGUUAUGUCGCUAUUCGGAUGGACUGGUACUGUGAGCUGUCACAGCUUCUACUCAGAGAGAACACGAAUAGCGGAGCGCUACCUGCCGACUUGCGCUUGAAAUUCAAGGACCGGAUCCUCAAUCUUUACACGGUGCUGCUAUCAUAUCUAAUGAAGAGCGUCUGCUCUUGCUAUCGGAGCCGCGCUUACAGGUACUUUCAGAACACUCUGAAACUGAACGACUGGGAGGGUGGUCUGAAAGACAUCCGAGAGGCUGAACAACUCGUUCAACAUGACAUGACACAGUACAGCACGCAGCAAGUCAGGCUGGAACUAGAGGAGCUGGCCACUGCCGCUCAAAACCGACACGCACAACUACUCGCCAACAUUCAAAAAGCCACCUUGGAUCAUGCCGCGCAGGCGGCCUCAACGAAGCGAGACGAGUCAGACAACCAGCUACUGAGGCAACUAUGCCUGACCGAUCCGCGACUCGACAUGAUCCGCAUUGAGCAAACCAAGGAUAGGCUUCUCGAAGGGUCAUGUAAUUGGAUCUUUGACCGUUCAGACUUCGUCAAUUGGCUUGAAGGAGAUUCAUGUUCGCUGUACUGGAUCAAGGGCGGGCCUGGAAAAGGCAAGACGAUGCUUCUGAUUGGGAUCAUCAGAAGGAUGCUGGACAGGUCUCCACACGGACUUCUGCCGAUUUUCUUCUGCCAAAACGCCGACCCCAAUCUAAACAACGGAACCGCUAUUCUGCGCGGCCUGAUCUACCAGCUCGCUGUGCAGGCCAAGUCGGCUCGAUCUUACAUCCGCGAAGCAUAUGACACUCGAGGGCAGUCAUUAUUUGAUGACGCCAAUGCGUUCUUUGCGCUUUCGAAGAUCUUUUUGCAGAUGCUCGAACAUCCAGGCCUUCCAAAAGUUUACAUUAUCCUCGAUGCAUUGGACGAGUGCGAGGCAGAUUUGGACCCUUUACUUGCUCUCCUAACAGAAAGUGUCUGCUGCUCGAAGUUACGGUGCCUUGUGUCCAGCCGUCCCAGAUCCGAGAUUAGAAACAGCCUGACCGGCAGUGGCGUCUAUUACGAACUGGACCUUGACGGAGGCGCCCUGGCAGAUGUCAGGGAUGUUGUUGAGGCCUACAUUGACCACGAAAUCGAAAGCCUUACAGAGCGCAAGAAUUACAACGAAGAGCUGCAGGAAGAAGUGAGAGACUAUUUACAAUCGCACGCGGGGGACACUUUUCUGUGGGUGGCCUUGGUCUGUAAGCAACUACGCAGGACUCGCGGCUGGGAGACCUCUUCUGUGCUGAAGACAUUUCCCGCGGGCUUGGAUGGCUUGUACGGACGUAUGUUCGAGCAAGUGAACCAGCUCGACAUGGAUUCCUCCGACACAUCCACCUAUUGUCGGCAGAUAAUUGCAGCUGUUGCAAUUGCCUACCGGCCUCUAACUCUCGAUGAGCUAGGCAUUGUUGCUAAUCUCCCUCCCCAGCUUACUGAAAACAUUUCCUUCCUGGAAGAAAUCGUCGACCUAUGUGGAAAUUUCUUGACAGUUCGUCAACAAACCGUUUAUUUUGUUCACCAAUCGGCUAAAGAAUAUCUCUCCGCUGAUCGAGAGCAAGGCGUCUUUCCAGAUGGCCGUGCCCGUGUCCACUCCGGUAUCGUGUCGCGGGGCUUGAAGAGUAUGUCCCGUACAUUGCAAAGAAAUGUCUGCAAUUUGAGUACCCCUGCUCGCUCUCUGAAUAAACUUAAGCGUCCAACCUCUGAUCCUCUCGGUCGUGUUGCAUACAUGUGUGUCUACUGGAUCGACCACCUUGUUGAGCUCAGCGCGGAGACCCAACGGCAGCUUGGACUCUGUAACUCGGGCGCCAUUGACGUGUUUAUUCGGGAGCAUUUUCUUCAUUGGCUCGAGGCUCUAAGUCUUCUUCAUAGUUUGCGAGCUGGGGAGGAAAGCGUGACAAAACUUGUCAAGACCGUUGAGCAAGGAGGAUGUACCAGCGUGCUUGGCUUGAUUCUUCACGACGCAAAGUACUUUGUCGAAUAUCAUCGUCGCAUGAUUGAGGGCGCGCCACUGCAGGUAUACAGCUCCUCUGUGUUAUUUAGCCCGACCUCAAGUCGAGUCAGGCAUCUGUUUGAGGAUCAGGUUCCCUCUUGGAUAAAAGGGCGGCCACUAAUGGAAGAAAACUGGAAUUUGCAUCUACAUGCUCUGACAGAAGAAGGAAGCUGGAAACCCUCUAUCGCAUUCUUUGGCGAUGGGCAGUUUUUGGCAGCUGCGUGCACCUACAAGAACGAAAUCGAGAUAUGGAACACAAAGACUAGAACGAUUGAGAACGUUCUUACUGGCCAUUACGACGUACGGGCAAUUGCAGUAUCGGCUGACCAAUCGAAGCUAGUCUCGGGCUCAUCCAGAGGGACGGUCAAGGUGUGGAACCUUUCAACAGGAGAAUUGUCCGCGACCUUUGCGGCUUCUGACCAUCGUGUCUAUCUCCUUGCAUUCUCUAGUGAUUCCAGCCUCGUGGCUUCGGGUUUCGACGAUGGAACAGUGCGAGUUUGGAAUGUACAGACUGGCACUGCGCAGGGCGUUCUCACGACUGGCCUUGUCGAUGAUGUCCGCAGUUUUGCAUUUAUAGCAAAUAGGGACUUGCUGCUUGGGGGCUUGGACGGAAACCUGCGCGUUUGGGACGCAGAUACGGGUACAAUCGAGACCAUAUUAGAGAUGAAGCUUGGUAUGAUAUUUUCCGUGGCAGUUAUGGCUGACGGAGCGAGAGCUACAAUUUGCGCACAACGAGGAGUCCAGAUAUGGGAUUUCAGACGCAAAAGGCUCAGCAGAGAGCUUGUGCGCUCUGCAGGGGGAUUUCGAGCCUUUCUCGCGUUUUCCUCAAAGGACACACAUUUGGCAGCAGGGCCCUAUGAUGGCGUUAUACAGCUCUGGCAGACUGCAACAGGGACAAUACAGCGGACCAUCCGGUUUGAUCAUUAUGUGUGGAGCAUGGCAAUCUCUAGCGAUGGCCAGAAGGUGGCAAUUUCCACCACAGCGAGGGUCUACCUGUGGAAUGCCGAUGUCCAGCCGUGUGUAACAGCCCUCGCCCACCUCAAGUCUAGGAUCACAACGGUCAAGGUAUCACCUUGUCAGAAGUGGAUAGCAACUGGCACUAAUGAUGGAACUCUUGGGAUCUGGGACAGGAAAACGGGGUCAUUGGUGCGGAUGUUAGGGGGCCAUAUUAACAACGUCCACUCUGUGGUCAUUUCAAGAUUGGGGGACCGAUUACUCUCCGGGUCGAUGGAACAAAUACGCAUUUGGGAGGUCGCGACAUGGACAACUAUACAUGUACUGGAGUCCGGCUCUAGAGUGGUCGGGGUCGCAUUGUCAAUCGAUGAGAAGAAAGUCUUCUCGGCGACAGAGGAUGGUACAAUCUGCAUAUGGGACGCGGACACCGGGGUUCGCCUCAAAUCCACAGACACCCAAACGACGCCAAUUAGCUUGACCUCGUUCAGUCCAGAUGGUCAGCUAAUCGCAUGGGCCUACUCGGGUAAGGUCGAAACACGGAGCAUUGAGACAGGCGAGGUGCAGCAGAUCUACAGGCGGGGAAGGUCGUAUGUCGGUGAUAUCGCAAUAUCUCCAAACGGGAAAUACCUCGCAAUGGGCAGUAUGGGAGAUAUAAUAGCCAUCCGCGAUGUCCAGACGGGCAUUUUGCAACAGAUUGUCAAAGGCGCAUCACGGAAAAUAGACUUUGGGGACGAUGGCUCUACACUCAUCACCAACAAAGCCCGCAUCGCUUUGGACUGGUCUCUGCCGCGGGGCUCCAAAACGGAUGCAAAAUGGCAAGGUUACGGUGUAGAUAAGAACGGUGAAUGGGUUACCUGGAAUGGUCGGAGACUGCUACGUCUGCCGGCCGAGUGCUCCUAUGGAGAAUCUGCGGUGACGGAUCAGAUCCUUGUUCUUCCCUACGAGGCGACUCGCAUCAUCAUACUGGAAUUCGAACAAGGCGUUGAUCCAUUCGAGGGGUACUGA